CAAACUCGUGCGUCCCUCCAACCACAACAACAGUAGAAGUAGCCCCACGCUAACACAACGUUUACACCUGUUAGUCUCCUGCCUGUGUCGGUACUGUACCUGUUCGGCCUCAGUCAUGUCCGGGAAGGCCAAAGACAUCCUGAAGAUGGACCUGUAUGGUUUACUCGGAAUAGACAUCACCGCUACUACGAAAGAGAUCAAGAAAGCUUAUCGACAGAAAGCCCUAACAUGCCAUCCAGACAAGAACCCAGACAACCCAAAAGCAGCUGAACUCUUCCACCAGUUGUCUCAGGCCCUCGAGGUGCUAACUGAUGCUCCCGCCAAGGCUGCCUAUGACAAGAUCUGCGCUGCCAAGAAACAAGCAGAAGAAAGAAACAACAAACUAGAUGAUAAGAGAAAGAAAAUAAAGCUUGACUUGGAGGCCAGAGAGCGCAAAGCAGAAGCUCAGACCUACGAGUCGGUGCAAAUCACGAGAACACUAGAAGAAGAGAUCGCCCGUUUGAGGGAGGAGGGAUCCAGACAGCUUGAGGAGGAGCAGAGGCUUGUCAGAGAGCAGAUCCAGAGGGAGAAGGAAGCCCAGCAAACGGGAGAAUACACUCAGAGAAACCCAGGAGUGCAGAGAUGUUCCAUGAGCAGUGUGACCCCCAAAUUGAAGUUGAAGUGGAAGUGUAAAAAAGACGACGAGACAAAUGGAGGCUACUCUCAAGACAUUCUUAUGAGACUUCUACAGAAGUAUGGAGAUGUUUUGAACGUGAUUCUUUCGAGUAAGAAGACGGGAAGCGCUGUGGUCGAGUUUGCAACAGUAAGAGCCGCCGAGCUGGCUGUUAAAAAUGAAAGCGGCCUGAGUGGAAACCCCUUGAAGAUUUCGUGGCUUGAAGGACAGCCUGAGGUUAUUGCUCCGGUAUCUCAACCUGGACACUUCAUGUCAACACAGGCUGCCCUGACAAAUGAGCGCGACUACGAGAGUGUGGUGAUGAUGAGGAUGAGGCAGGCCGCGGAGCGACAGAAACUCAUAGAAAAAAUGCAAAGAGAGGAUGAUGAUGACGAGGGUGUCCGGUCGUAGCACAGCACGACCCAGCCGGCAACCAGCCUGAAUGAAAUGACCCGUUUCACGAAGCUGCUCCAUGUGUUCUGUUAUUAGUUUUUGUAUGUAUACACCGUGGCAAAAUAAAUAUUUUUAAAUUACUAA